AUGUUUUCGAAUUGUGUCUAUAUUAUAUUGGUAACGAAGGAGUGUUUGAAGCUGAAGUUUGAAUGUUCUCCAAAUGUAGAAGUGACGCGUUUCGAAAGGAAUUUAUGGAAUAUUCCGCCACAUUCUAUGAAAAAGAAGGAGAAGACGUUGACAGAACGCAGACCAAAAGCGACCUUGUGCCUGCCCAGAGACGAGGUGGAUUCAGGGGAUGGACUCCCUGUUUCUGCUGAGCCAGGACUGACUCAUGACAUUCUUGUAUCCCGCACGUCGGUCCGGCCAAAAGCCUGCAAUAAAGUGACUGGGAGGUGCAAGGGAGGCGGUUUGGAGUCGCCUCCAGCAAAUAAGCUCCUCAUUUCCACUCCGGGAGAAUGGAAGUUCUCCCAAAAACUCACAGGACUAGAGGCUUGCAACCUGCUCAUGGGUUUUAAAUUUUUUUUUGCAUAUUACAGUAAUAGAAAAGAGUCUCCUGAUUCCGGAGGAAAGCCUGGUACGGUAGCGCAAGGAAGGACGGGAUUGCAGGAGUCAUAUAGGCUACCGAAACGGAAAAGGAAUAGGAUGACGAUCUGUACUUAUAACACACGUACGCUUGUAUCGGAAGCGGCCAUCGAAGAUCUGAUGACGCAAGGAGAUCAAGUAUGA